AUGAUUGGAUCAGCCAAGGUUGAGAAGCGUAACCGACCGCCCAAGUCAUGCGAGCCUUGUCGUACACGAAAGUUGAAGUGUAAUAGAAAUCAACCUUGCGACUCAUGCAUCAGAAGAAACAAGGAGUCGCUGUGUCAUUAUGCUUCCAAUGCCGAUAGACACAAUCAACGUGCCGAGAAGAGUGAAUCCGUUGCUGAUCGUCUCAAGAACCUGGAAAGUCUGAUCGCGACGGUGGCUCAGAAGACGCAGAGAUCAGAUCCUUUGUCUUCUCUUUCUUUCAACGAGAACUCAACUCAACAGGAGCAUGGGAUCACAGGCGUCAAUAAUAUUCAGCCUUCCCACAACUCCGUAUCAGAGGCUGUCGCCAAUAGUGAUGGCAGCGUCGCCACCGGCCUCAUGGGCCAAGUUGACUCAAGCCACUGGUCCUCUAUCCUCGAAAACAUCAGAGCCAUCCGGGACGAGUUACCUGCUGCGAGCCCGCAGACCUCGACUCUCAGCUCAGUUACCCUGAACAAUGACGCGUCUACGAGUGAGGCAGACUUUGACAUGGGAUCCCCUGAUGGCCUGACAAUUGAGCAUAUCUUAUCGGCCUUGCCACCACGACAGUAUGAAUCGUUCUGGGACUCGCCAUCAGAAACCCCAGCAGUGUGGGUUGCCCUGCUUCUAGCUCUUCUCAGUCUAUCAGCAGGCGUCUACGAAAUCUCAGGCAUGGCACGCGCUUCUCAAAUCCCAAUCCCCUCCAGCAAGACCCUUUCCAAAAAGACGCAAGAAUGCCUUCUCUUGAGUAACUACACAGCCGCCAAUGAACACUCCGUCGAAGCAUUUCUUCUUCUUCUCGUCGGAUGCUGGCUUCGCGCCAAGGUCUCCGAUACGAAUCUCUGGUUCCUCAUGGGCAAAGUAGUGCAACUCGCGAUCUGCAAGGGCUACCACCGAGAUUCGACAAAAGUACCAGGGUCCAGGAUCUCUCCAUUUGACGGGGAGAUGAGAAGAAGAGUCUGGGUUUGUUUAUACCAGCUUGACUCUCUCAUGUCGUUUCAGAUGGGUCUUCCAAGCAUGAUACCAUCGGAUUUCUGUGACACAGAGUUACCGAGGAACUUGAACCAAUCUGACUUUUACCCUGGUAUCUCAGAAUUACCUCCAUCUAGGCCUCUUUCUGAGAAUACGACUAUCUCAUACGCUAUUGUCAAAGCUUCUGUGAUGGCCAUGUUCAAGAAAGUGGUAAAGCAUACACGAUCUCUUAUACCACCGUCUUAUGAAGAGACAGUUACACUAGACGCUGAAGUCAGGGCUGCCUACCGCAACAUCCCCCAUAACUUCAAGUACAAGCCUCUCACUAGCUUCAUCAUCGACGAAGUUAGUAUCAUAAUGAGCAGGACGACUAUAGAGCUACUAUACCUCAAGAGCAUCAUCGUUCUACAUCGUCAGCACUUAACAGACCGACAAGACAGCCGCUUUGCUUUCUCAAGAAAAGCUUCUCUGGAGGCAGCGGAAAGGUUACUUGAGAGACAGGCUGAGAUACACCAGAUUACUCAACCAGGUGGUUUGUUGCAUGAUAAGAAGUGGAUGAUCACGUCGCUAACACUGAGUGAUUUUACUCUGGCUGCUAUGGUUAUCUGCUUGGAUCUAACCAUUAGUAUACGAAAUGGCACGAGAAUAGCUGCUCAUCCUGAGGAUGUAGAAUUACGCAAAUAUUUGGCUAUUAUCGAAAGGGCCCAUGAAAUAUGGUCCAGUUCGUCAGAAACCUCGGAGGGACGAAUAGUAGCUCACGCUCUAGACUCGACUAUCCGGCGCGUGAACGACUUCAUCAACACUAAAUCAGCGUCAAUGGCUGCGCAAAGUUGGCCGGCUUCUUCGUCAGAUACAGAGACACCAAAUUAUCUGACGCACGAUUAUGCGGAUCAGAUGGCUGAUUUUGAUAUGAUUGACAGCAUCGACUGGAGCCUUCUCGAUAAUCAGAUUCAAGAUCCUAGUAGCAUUCAAGACUUUGAUCUGGAUAUGUGGCUUAUGGACACGGCUGGGCCUUUGGGGACUGUGGAAUCUCUGUGA